GAGACGGAGAGGAGCGCGAGGGUCGGUCUCCUCUCACUGACAGCGGUUUCAACUCAUUGCAAACAAGGGGAGCAGUCCCUCUGCCGAACCUGCUUAAAAAUGUUACUCAUCCUCGCCUGUUUCCUCGGAUUGCUCGUGCGCGGCGGUCAAGCUGUCCUUCAGGUGUCAAUCUCACUGAACAAAGUGGAGCUAAGUGUGGGGGAAUCCAAGUUCUUCACCUGCACAGCCAUCGGAGAGCCGGUCAGCGUGGACUGGUACAACCCUCAGGGCGAGCGGAUCGUGUCAUCGCAGCGCGUGGUCCUACACAAAGAGGGCGUGCGCUCUCGCCUCACCAUCUACAACGUGAACAUCGAGGACGCCGGCAUCUACCGUUGCCAGGCAACCGAUGGCACGGGGCAAACUCAGGAGGCCACUGUGGUGCUGGAGAUAUACCAGAAGCUGACGUUUCGGGAGGUGCAGUCACCGCAGGAGUUCCGGCAGGGGGAGGUGGCGGAGGUGGUGUGUGAUGUCAUCAGUUCACCUGUGCCCAUCGUGUCCUGGUUCUACAAUGAGAGGGAGAUCACUGAAGAGUACUCCAACAGGCUCCAGGUUCUCCCCAAUAAUAACCUACAGAUCGACAGGGUGACGAAAGCAGACGAGGGGGUGUACCGCUGUGAGGCGCGAGUGGAGGCACGGGGGGAGAUCGAUUUCAGAGACAUCGCCGUCAUCGUCAACGUUCCCCCAGUGCUCUCCGUGCCUCAGCAGUCUUUUAAUGCCACAGCUGACUACCAGGAAUCUGUCACAUUCACCUGCAGAGCCUACGGGUCACCUGACCCUGAAAUCACCUGGCACAGGAGAGGGAAGCAGAUUGAGCAGUCAGAUCAGUACACUCUGAAGGGGAGUGGAAGCAUGCUGACAGUGCGGAAUAUCAGGCAGGACGAUGGGGGAGCCUACACCUGCAAGGCUAGCAACAAGGCUGGUGUAGCAGAACAGGAGCUCCUCCUCAAGGUGUUCGUGCAGCCCCAUAUCACCCAGCUGCAGAAUGUGACGGCAAAGGAGGGCAGCACGGCCAUCAUCUCCUGCACUGCUGAGGGGGAGCCCAUCCCGGAAAUCUCCUGGAGGAGAGCCAGUGAUGGACGCACCUUUGGAGACGGGGACAAGUCUCUGCAGAGUGCGGACGGGCGCGUGAAGGUGCAGGGGCUCCAGGGGAAGUCCAUGCUGACCAUCAGCGGGGUCGCACUGACGGACAGGGGCCGCUUUGACUGCGAGGCCCUCAGCAGGAUCGGCGGCCAUCAGAAGAGCAUGUACCUCGACAUCGAGUACACACCCAUCUUUCUGAGCAAUCACACCAUUUACUACUCAUGGGAGGGGAACCCGGUCAACCUCAGCUGUGAAGUCAUGGCCAAUCCUGCGGCUUUGCUGCUGUGGAGGCGGGACAGGCUGACUGUCUCCACGGAGGGCCCUGGCAACGCACGGGUGUACAGCACCGAGGGACGGUCCCUGCUGGAGGUUACCCCAAUGUCAGAGCAAGAUUUUGGACGGUAUAACUGCACUGCCAUGAACAGCAUUGGGACGCGGGUUCAAGAGUUCAUCCUGGCUCAGGCAGAUGUGCCCUCUAACCCCUACGCCGUGCGCAUCGGCUCCGUGUCCCAGCGUGUCGCCACGGUUACCUUUAUGAAGCCCGACUCCCACGGCGGGGUCCCCAUCAGUUACUACCUGGUCAGAUACAGGGACACCAGCUCCCAGCAUUGGAGCAAUGUCCAAUCACACGGAGUCGAGACGAUGGUGCUCCUCACCAGUCUGGAGCCCAACACCACGUAUGAGGUGCAGGUUGCCGCCGUCAACGGGAAAGGCCAGGGGGAGUUCAGCCACGUGGAGAGCUUCCAGACCCUGCCCAUCCGAGAGCCCAGUCCCCCCACGGUGCACGGUCAGAGGGGUGUGGGGAAGGCCUACAGACUCGGCCUGGUGAGGCAGGAUGAUGGCGGGAUGCCUAUCGUGGAGUACAUCAUAAAAUACAAGACGGAGAGGGAAGAGCAGUGGAUGACUAAGCUGGUUCCUGGGGGGAAUGACUUUGUUCUGCUGCAGCCCCUCCAGUGGAACACACGCUAUGAGGUGGAGAUCACAGCCAGGAACGUCAAGGGCCUGUCUGUCCCAACCUACUACCAGUUCUCCAUGCCACAGAGGCCAGAUAUCACAGCAGACUCCCUGUUCAACGGGCUGGGCCUGGGCGCGGUGGUGGGGCUGGCCGUGGCUGCUCUCCUGCUGGUGCUGGUGGGCGUGGACGUGGCCUGCUUCUUCCUGCGGCACUGCGGCGUUCUCAUGUGCAUCACCAGGAAGCUGCGUGGCAAAAAGAAGAGUGCCACCUGCAGCAAGGGCAAGGACCUGGAGGAGGGCAAGGCAGCCUACCUGAAUGCUGGGUCCAAGGAGCCCAUUGUUGAGAUGCGAACGGAAGAGGAGAGGAUAGCUAACCCGGAUGAUGUGAGCCCAGGGAACGAACCCAAUGAGACCACACCCCUCACAGAACCAGAGAAGCUACCACUGAAAGAGGAGAAUGGCAAAGACUCCCUGAAGACAGAGGCCAUCGAGAUCAAAAUCCACGGCGACAGCAGCGUCCAGUCGAGGAACGAGGACAGCAAAGCAUAAUGAAGGGAACUUUCAGCGCACGUGAACAUUCAGAGCGAGCUACCCAUGACCAAAACUAAGAGAAAAAAAAAGAGGAUAAAAAUUGUUAAAAACAAUCAUCACUACGUUAGGGCACCUCUGAGGCAGAUUGUAAAUAUGACUUGAGAAAAGACCACACACAGAUAUUCGUGAAAAAUGGGAAUUGUUGGUUUCGAAGAUGCCACCAGUUGAUGUCAGCUGCUUCUCAGUGAUUUGUCUUUUCUUUUUUGUUUUUCUUCAGUCGUGUGUUUCUUCUCCUCAUUCUCCGAGGCUCUCAGUGUCCCCAAUAGAGAGGGCCUCUCAUGGGGGACCAUACCGCCAUCACACCCUGUGCACUGCAGGGGGCACCAUCACAGCUUUCUGAGCCAGGAAGUGACUAAAUCUUUGUACAGCCCCCGUGUGUCCUGUCAUGUCAGAGGGGGUACACUUUGCUCCUCUACAUCUUGCAGUGGUAUACUACGUGAUUUGCUCACUCUGUUCAUGAUGUAUGCUGUGAUGUCACUGUGCUAAGUGUGUACGCUGUGAUGUCACUGGUAUGUCAUGACCUGUGAGAGUGCAAGCUGUAGUGAUGUCAUGACUUGAGAGUGCAUAUGCUGCAGUUAUGUCAUAGAGCGUGAGUCUGCAUACCGUAGUGAUGUCACAACGAUGACAGAGAUGGGCGUGGCCUCAUGCUGCUGUCCUGGUGGUAUUCCCAGGCUGUUUAUUGCCAUCAGGAGAUUUAACCUGAAAGUUCAGCAUGUUGCUUUUAUUUUGAUUUAAAACAUAUGUCAGUAUGAUACAGUACACUGUAAAAGAGUAUUUGUACUUUUGCUCUCCUGGGUGCCAUCUUUAAUUUUUUCCUGCCUAUGAAUAUGUACAAUCACACAAUCAUUUAAAAUGAUUUAGAUGAAUAUGAUAAUUAAUGUAAAGCGGUUACAUGAAGAUUAAGACUUCAGUGGCCAAUCUACUGCAAUAG